AUGCGAACAGAAGAAGAAGAAGCAGCAGCAGCGCGUCGAGCUGCUAGCGGCUGCGCACUGACUGUCGUUGCAUUCCGUGCGAGGGCUGCUGUCAGUCACUGGGAGACCGCCAUGUCCAAAGAGGACUCGUGCAAAGCAGGCGCUCACUCCACUGUUAAAAAGAUGUUUGUGGGCGGAAUCAAAGAAGACACGGAUGAGGAGCAUCUGCGCGAGUAUUUCGGCCAGUUUGGUAAAAUUGACGAGGUGAACAUCAUGACUGAGAAGAACAGUGAUAAGAGGAGGGGCUUCGCUUUCGUAACAUUUGAUGACCAUGACUCUGUUGACAGGAUUGUCAUACAGAAAUACCACACAGUGAAUGGACACAACUGUGAAGUCAGGAAAGCUCUCUCCAGAGAGGAAAUGAACAGGGUGUCGAUUAAUCAACGAGGCGGGCGAGGAGGAGGUGGUGGUAGUGGCGGUGGCGGCGGUGGAAACUUUGGCAGAGGUGGAGGAUAUGGAGGUGGAUAUGGAGGAGGAAGAGGUGGUUACGGUGGAGGUGAUGGAUAUAAUGGCUACGGAGGGAAUGGUGGCUAUGGUGGAGGUGGACCUAAUUAUGGAGGCAACCGUGGUUAUGGAGGAGGUGGCGGAGGUGGUGGUGGCUAUGGAAACCAGGGUGGAGGCUACGGUGGCGGCGGCGGUGGCUAUGAUAACUACAACAACAAUGGUGGUGGUGGUGGAGGCAACUUUGGUGGAGGCAACUUUGGAGGUGGUGGAGGCUACAACGACUUCGGCAGCUACAACAAUCAAUCUUCCUCUAACUACGGCCCAAUGAAGGGAGGAAACUACGGCGGUGGUGGAAGGAGCGGAGGUGGCCCAUAUGGCGGUGGUUAUGGAGGAGGCUCUGGUGGUGGUUAUGGAGGAGGCUCUGGUGGGCGAAGGUUUUAGAUUCCAGGGCCACAGUACUUAGAGGAGAGCCAGAGAGAGAUGACAGGGAAAGGAGAGAAGCAAGCAGGUUUACACCUAGAUCUGCCCAGCCAAGCAGUGUGGUGGCGAUAUUAACGUCUGCCAUGCGAAGAGAACGUGUUCAAUAGUGGAGGAAAAUCAUGUGGGAAUGGGGGUGGGGUUUGAAGGUGUAAAAAAAAAAAAAAAAAAAAAAAAAAAACCUUUCAAAAAGUACUCUUGUCCUGGAAGACAUUUACUAGUUUGUAGUUUUCCCUUUUUUGUCUGUGAAGUGCAAAGCAUUCCAACGAGAUUUAAUGCAGGGUUUAAUUGUUGUUGGCUUUUCUCUUGAACCAGUAGGGUGUCUGUCUUUUUUUUUUUUUUUCUUUUCUUUCCUUUCUUUUUUUUUUGUUAAUGUGAACAGUCACCAAUCAAGAUUAAAUAAACCGCUCCAGUUUUUUUAUUUAAU